AUGAAGCUGUCAAACCAGUCAGAGGUGCCCGUGUAUACGAUCUCGGGGUCGAACACCGCGCGGCCGCUUCCAGAAUGGCUGGCUAAACGGCGCAAGCGCAGUCUGAAAGACGAUCCGGAGUAUGCCAAUCGAGUGGAGUUGCUGCAGGACUUUGAGUUUGAAGAAGCCAGCCAGUGUAUUCGCGUCAGUGAGGAUGGGGAGUGGGUGAUGAGCACAGGAACAUACAAACCGCAGAUUCAUACGCAUUACCUGCCGCAGCUGUCGCUCUCGUGGGCACGGCAUACGGUGGCUUUGAACACAACGUUUAUCCUUCUGUCGUCGGACUACUCGAAAUCGCUCCAUCUGCAGUCCGACCGGUCUCUAGAGUUUCACACGCCGUCAGGGUGUCAUUAUACUACGAGGCUCCCGCGAUACGGACGAGACCUGGUCUAUGACCGGCAGUCCACGGAGGCGUUGAUUCCGGCCGUGGGUGUCAACCAAGAUGGGAUGGGUGAGGUGUUCCGGCUCAACUUGGAGAUGGGCCGCUACAUGCGGAGUUUUGAGGUGGAUGUGGGCGGAGACGACUUGACCUCGGCGGGUGCGGGUGCGUUGCAGGGAGGAAUCAACACGGGAGCGGUGAAUACCGGUGCGAUUGCGGAAGAGAGUCAUAAUCUCCUUGCGUUUGGCACAUCGAUCGGAACGGUCGAGUUGUGGGAUCCCAGAGCGAAAGGCCGGGCGGGCAUCCUGCUCCCGCCGACACAGGCGACGCCGAGCGAUAGCCGGUCGGGCAUCACGGCGUUGGAAUUCCAUCGUUCUGGUCUCACCCUUGGUACCGGGUCUUCGAACGGGCUGAUCCAUCUCUACGAUCUCCGGUCUCCCAUGCCACUACUCAAGAAGGACCAGGGCUACGGGUUCCCCAUCCACACGCUCAAGUUCCUCCAGCCAUCCACCUCAUCUCGUGAGCAGACUAUGGAUCCGAAGAUCAUGUCCUCGGAUAAGCGGAUUAUUAAGAUCUGGGACCCGCGUGAUGGCACGCCGUGGACGUCUGUGGAGCCGGCGGUGGACAUCAACUCAGUUGCGUGGUGUAAGGACAGCGGUAUGCUGCUGACCGCCAACGAGGGCCGCCAGCAACACUCCUUCUUCAUCCCCCAGCUGGGACCAGCGCCCAAAUGGUGUUCAUUCCUGGACAACCUGGUGGAAGAGAUGGCCGAGGAUCCCAACGAUCCAAGCGCGUUCACUAGUAGCCAGGCUGGCUCGGUCUACGACAACUACAAGUUCUUGACGAUCCCCCAGCUGCGGACGCUGAACCUGGAGCACCUGAUCGGCCGGACCAACCUGCUGCGCCCGUACAUGCACGGAUACUUUGUGGCGCAGCGCCUGUACGAGGAGGCACGGCUCAUCACCAACCCGUACAUCUGGGAGGAGGAGCGUGCCAAACGUGUCAAGGACAAGAUCGACAAGGAGCGCGAGAGUCGCAUCCGCGGCAAGAAGAAGGCGGCCGUCAAGGUCAACAAGAGACUGGCCGAGAAACUUCUGGAGGUGGAGGAGAAGAACGAACGCCGGAGGGCUAAGCGGGUUCUCGAACGAGGCGGCGACGACGACAAUGACAACAACAACAACAACAGCAACAGCAACAAUGACGCGACCAUGGCAGACGCCCCAGCUACCGAUAGCAAAGGUCUUCUACGCGAUACCCGUUUCGCGCAACUGUUCGAGGACGAGGAAUUCGCCGUGGACGAGACCUCGCAUGAGUUCCAGCUGCUCAACCCUAGCACGACGGUCCCCGACCGGUCCGAGAGGAAAGAGCGAGGCCUCACAGCCGUCGAGCAAGAAGAAAUGGACCAAGGCAAGGGAUCCAGCUCGGACUCGGACGAUAGCAACAGCGACUCUGACGACGACGACAAAAACAACAACAACGAUAGAAACGGCUACCGGCCCCCGAAGCCCAAGGCUACGUCUUCUUCCGCCGGCAAAAUCUCUUCAAGCACUUACAAACGCUCCGGCCACCAGCCACGCAUGCAAGUCUCGUCAUCGUCCGCACACUCAGGCUCGGCCCGUGACCACUCGUUCGGAUCCCGCGCACAGAACAUGCGCAGCAGAGAGAGGCCCGCUCGUCGGGGCGUUUCCAACGGCGGCGUCGGCGAGAAGGAAGUCACCUUCACCCCCGCUGGGAGGGGUAAGGGUAAGAGUCGAUUUGGCGCUGGUCGGUUUGAGUCAGAGAGGCCGACAAGCACCGCCGGUGCUGGCUUCAGAGCCAAGGAGCGGAGAAGUGCCUCGGGGAAUACCUUUCGACGCAUGUAG